AUGUCGAGAGCAUCUGAGGAAGGAACUAGUAGAGAUUCACACCGGAGCCGAGUCCAAAAAUACAUACGGAGCUCUACCGCCUUGCUGGCCACGUGUAUCUUGGAAUGGUCACGCCUCCGGUUGUUGGCCGCCUUUACCGUGCCCCAAGCCGCACCCACCGACCGUCUGACCGAUGAGUACAAUAUGUCGGCAAGGACAGACCUCGUGGUCGAUACCUAUGGACUCAACGUCAAAAGCGAAUACUGGGGCGCCGACCGCGAUGACUAUCGACCUGACUCGUUCCGGUGUGCGCUAUCGAUAUUGGCGCUUCGGCUUCGGCCCGCGACGAUGUCUAGGGAAGCACGUCGCCGAAUUGAUCCUGUGAACCAUUAUGGCGACUAUGGUUCGGAAAUUCAUUCUGCAUAUCCCCAUGGACGAGUCGUAAAGCUGGCGGGGAGACAAGGAGACUUGAAUUAG